GCCUGAGCCUGGCCCCGUUGCUCGGGCCGCCGGGCCGCCCGGAGCUGGGGCCGCGGUGGCGGCGGAGUGGCGCUGCCCGGCCUGGGAGACAUGAGCGGCCAGCCCUGCCCUGGACGGAAGGAGGACGGCCGUUCGCCGCUCGGCCCGUGAUGGGCUCCUGCGUCUCCCGAGAAUUGUUCACAAGUGCCCACAAGGACUGCCCUCUGCCCAGGGACAUAGAUUGCCCAGCCCCGGACCUCCCCUCUGGCUGCCUUCCCCCUGCUGCUCCAGACCAUGUCACCAGUAAGGAAAAACAAAUGGAUUUCUGUUGGGAUCCCUGGCAGAAAUGCUUCCGGACACCCAAUGGCUUCCUGUCUGAGUCCAAGUCUUGCUCUAGUAACUACAAUGUGGCCGCCCUAGCCACCUCAUCCCUGGUGGGCGUGGUGCAGAGCAUCAAGGACCACAUCACGAAGCCCACAGCCAUGGCUCGGGGCCGAGUAGCCCACCUGAUCGAGUGGAAAGGCUGGAGCGCCCAGCAGUCGGGGUGGGACCCGUCGCCAGCAGAGGAGGAACAUUACAGCUACCUCCCUGAUGAGCUUCGGGAGGCCCGAUUUGCUGCAGGUGUUGCCGAACAGUUUGCCAUCACCGAGGCCACACUGAGUGCCUGGUCCUCAAUAGAAGAUGAGGAGAUGUGCCAUGGAGAGAGUUCCCAGGAUGUCAUCCCCCUACAGGACUUCGGGAGCAUCUACCUGCAGGACAACCUCCUGAAUGGGCCCUUGCUGGAUGGCAGCCUCCAGGCCUUCUCCUCACUGUCCUCAUCUCUCCCUGCCCCUGGCCUGCCUGCUGAGAGCUGGGACUCCCCCGAGGAGCCAUCUACAGCGGGACCAUGGCCUCCCAGCCCUGAAAAGCAGCGGCUGCUGCUUCAGCAAGGAGAACCAGAUGCAGGGCAGGGCCAAGCCCAAGCAGAGUGCAGGACCCAGCUCCACGGCUCCCUCCACUAUGUGGACAGCAGCUCCCUCUCAGAGGACGAAGUCUUCUAUAACUGAGGCCGGGCCCUAGGCUGGCACUGGGCUGGGCCAGAGAAAGACACCAGUGGGAGGGAGGAGGAUCAGGGGCCCCUCCUCUCUUCACUGACCCCAUUGACCUCCCUGCCCUGAUGCUCACACCAUGCCAAGGGCUGCCACCAGGGGCCUGCUUGCCCCUAUGAGCCAUGGUUCAGGACCAUGGGGCAUCAGAGUUCCCAAGUCUAGACCUGAGGGCUGCUCCCCUCUAGCGCAAGGACUCAUGCCUCUCUUUGGGUCCUCUGGCAUCUGGAUGAGAUGGGCAGGUCAGGCACCAGGUGGGCAUGGGGCCAUGGUGGAGUCAUUAAGACUCCUUAGGAAACCAAUUGGUGCCUCAGUUUACCCCCUUGUUCAAUGGGAGCCAUAUCCCCCCAGCCCCUUCCUUUCCCUUUCUCUUUGGAAGGUAAGGUUGUGCAGAAGCUGGCUCAUGAGUCUUCUAAAUGCCCCUCCUUCCCACAAUCUCUGACUUUCUUAGCCCUUCCUUGGGGCCAAGCUGAAUACUGAGCUCUGACAUCAAGAGUUGUCCAUGAAAAAUCCCCCUAUCAUCCCCUUAGCUGGGGCAUGGGGGUACUGGAAGGUUGCAAGGGAUUGAGUAGGGUGUCUAAACCCCUGGAUUCCAUUCUCAGUCUCCCCCUACAUCCCACACUUCUACCAGGGACCAGAGGAAGCUCUCUCACCCCUCAAUCCUUCUAUGCUUCUUCCUGCCUCACCUCCCCUAGCCCUCUUAUGAGGUGGUGACUCCCUCCCCUGGCAGCUAAAGGCCCCCUUCUUGUCACUGUGACCGUCUGUCCAUCCUCACACUGUAGCACUUCCUGGACACCCCAGGGAUUGGCUCCCAAC